GGCGGCGGGGCCGGGAGCGGGGAGGCCGCGGCGAGGCGGGCGGUACCGAGCGCUGUGCCCGCCGGAAGGCGACCCCAGACAGACGCAGCCGCGCGGGAGCAGCCGCCUUCCCGCUCUCCUCAGGCCGCGCUUAGGCGACCGGCGUCCCGCUCGGAUGCCGGGCACACACGGCGCCUGCGCUCCAGCUCUGCAGUGAGGAGGGGAUUCCGAAGUUCUGCAGUUGCCGCCACCUUUAAAGAUUGGAGAUGGCCGAGCCAGCUCGUUUCAGCAGACGUCGAAGUCGCUGUUAGCUCUUUUCCAAAUAAUGCUUAGAUGUCAAAUGGAGCGUGCCAUGGCUCCCCUGUCCUAUUUUAAAGUUUAUGUCUCUCUGACCUUUUUCUCCCCUUCUCCAUACACACGUACUGACUGGCGUUUACUUUGAACGAGCUAAAUGUUUUUGUUUGACACGCGUCGAGUAUCCGGUACUGUUCUCAGCCCGCAGGUUACAUCAAGUGAACAAAAAUAAAGAUCCAUGCCCUCGUGGACUUUACAUUUUAUGCGGAAAGUUAACAUAAGACCGUUAGGUAACUUGAUGGCAGACGGUGCUAUCAAAAAAUUUUAGCGAGAUGAAGGGUUUGGAGACGUUUCAUAAUGGAUGUUGGAGUUCCUAUGUGGUGGUCAGUUUAGGUGCAAUUGAAUGGAGCUAUUGGAGUUGUGUGUUAGCCAAAUUAAUAUCUGAGCAAGAACAUUACAGGCAGAAAGAACAGCCAUCGCAAAGGCAGUCCCACGCCUGUCAUCCUCAGGGCAGUUGAGAGUGCAAAGGGAGGUGGAAAAUAGAUCAAACCAAACAUAGAGGGUAGCCAGAUCGUCAGGCCUGAUAGAAGCUGAUGGAAAAUAUGUUCUAGCCCAUAUUUUUAAAAGAUAACCCCGCUGCAAAUUAUAAAGUGUGAGGGACAAGUGUAGAGUAAAGAAAAUUUGAACACCAUGAGUCAGUGGCCUGGCAUUAUAAAAUAAUCAUGGGGAUGUUGAGAAAUGAUUGGCUUCUGGAUUCAUUUUGAAAGUUGCCCUUCCAAGAUUUGCUAGGAAUUGGACCAUCUUUAUGGUUUAUAUGACUCUGAGGGCCCAUAGAAGAGUCCUCUGCAUUUGCUCUUAGCUGUAGGAGAAGUGUCUUAGCUAUUUGAUAAUUGUUUCGAUGUAGAGUAGAACAUCCUGAAUAUGGGUACAAAGAGAGAAGUGAGGGAAGGCUACAAGUUUCAAAGUCAUCAACACAUAGAUAGGAUUUAACACCAUAAGCUGAGAUGGACUAACUAACAGGGAAAGCAGGUAAUUCAGGAACUGGAAGUCAGAGCUGAGAAAGAACUGUCAAAGGAAACAGGAAAUACAGUAGUUCCAUGAGCUGGAACCGGAAAACAACAGAUCACAGAAUGUUCUGUUGGAUCAGUUGCUGACCAAGUGUAAUCUGAAGAUGGCAGGUCACUAGUUUUGCCAAAUCUCGUUAUACUCCUUCCUGUAGCUGAGCUCCUUAGGAUUCAGGAAGAUUUUUUUGUUUUGUUUUAUUGUUUUGGGUUUGGUGGUUGUUGUUGUUAUAUUUAUUUAUUUUUAUUUUAUGUGCAUUUGUGUUUUGCCUGCAUGUAUGUCUGUGUGAGGUGUCAGAUCCCCUGAAACUGAAGUUACAGAUGGUUUCUAACUGCCGUUUGGGUUCUUGGAAUCAAACCUGGGUCCUCUGGAAGAGCUGCCAGUGCUCUUAACUGUUGAGCCACCUCUCCAGCCUCACCAAGUCUUAUCUGAUAAUGAUUGUUUGAAUAGAUCUCCCCCUGUCCAUCUCUGGACUAUAAGUACUACAAGGUCAAUAAACAUGUGUUACGUCUGUAUUCCUCUAACCCUUUUCAGGUCCCAUAAGCUGGAUUUUCUGCCUUUCUUGCCAGAAGUGUUUCAAGGGCUUUUCAUUGCCUUCAGAUCUCUUGUGGGGCAAACUCAUCUUGUCCUCUGCUUUAGCCUCACCUGCCGCUCUUUCCUGCUAGAUUUCCACAAACCUUACACUUUGACACUUCUGUGGCUUUUCUUACCCUCCUCUCACCUUUACCCAUUCUAAAGUGGCUUUCCUUUGAAGACUGGGAAGCUUUUCUAAGCCAACUCAGUCCUUAAGCAGCCUUUAUCAUACAAUGAGUUAUUUCUUUUUGCACAAAAUUUAACCUUUUUAUGUGUCCAUUACCCUUUGUAGACAGAUUUUAGGACCUGUUCAUCUUUACCCAUUUUGUCUCUGUUUCCUGUCAUAGCACCAUUCUUUUGGCAAAAACUCUAAUGGAAUUUUAAGAAAACAGAAAAAUAAAGGUCCCAAGAGCAGAUAUCACGUCACUAUGUGAGAGCAGGACAUCAAUGCAAGCCUGAAGAAAAAGUAAUUGCUUCCUUUUAAGCCAUGGCCUAUCAGUUAUACAGAAAUACAACUUUGGGGAACAGUCUUCAAGAGAGCCUUGAUGAGCUCAUACAGUCUCAACAGAUCACCCCCCAGCUUGCGCUUCAAGUUCUACUUCAGUUUGAUAAAGCUAUAAAUUCAGCAUUGGCUCAGAGAGUCAGGAACAGAGUCAAUUUCAGGGGCUCUCUAAAUACAUACAGAUUCUGCGAUAAUGUUUGGACUUUUGUAUUGAAUGAUGUUGAAUUCAGAGAGGUGACAGAACUUAUUAAAGUGGAUAAAGUGAAAAUUGUAGCCUGUGAUGGUAAAAAUACUGGCUCGAAUACUACGGAAUGAGUAGAGAAAUGCAGCUUUUUUUAUGCCACCUUCUGUUAUUUUCAUCGCUUUUUGAAGAGAAACAUGGAAGAGACUUUUUUUUAUUUAUUCUCACGGUGCAGAAAUGACAACACUGUGCUAUAUCUACUACCCAGGGUCCCGCAGAGAGAAGCAUGCGACUCUGUUCUCGUAAUGACCUUUAGUACACAGCAUAAAGAAAUGUAACUUUUUUUUAAUGACAAAUCAAAAGUGGUUGCCUUCAUAAGAUUAUUCUUCAAUAAACUCGUUUUAAAACUU